AUGACUUAUUUGGGUCGCAUUUUAUUCCUGUCCAUCUUAUUGGUGGUCUUCGUAAAACAAUCCGAAACAGUUUGUGGCUAUGAGUCAUGUCCCGAAACAAAAGCGAACAUGGUUAACAUCCAUUUGGUUCCUCACUCCCACAACGAUGUGGGCUGGUUGAAGACAGUUGAUCAGACUUAUUAUGGUUACAAAAACAAAAUUCAUCAUGCCGGGGUCCAAUAUAUAUUGGAUAGUGUGGUGUCCCAGCUCCUCCAGGAUCCCAAUCGUCGUUUUAUUCAGGUGGAGACGGCCUUCUUUGCCAAGUGGUGGAACGUCCAGUCAGAGACCAUGAAAAAGUUGGUCACCAAACUGGUCAACGAGGGACGUUUCGAGUUUACUGGCGGCGCUUGGAGUAUGAACGAUGAGGCAGAUGUCAAUUACCAGGGUGUUAUUGAUCAGUUCACUGUGGGUUAUUUAUAAACCUUACUUUCGUCAGUAUUUUAUUAACUUAAUUUUCCUAGAUUCCUUAACGAGACAUUUGGCUCCUGUGGUCGUCCUCGAGUUGGCUGGCAGAUCGAUACCUUUGGACACUCCCGCGAGCAGGCUGCAAUUUUCGCGCACAUGGGCUACGAUGGCCAGUUCUUUUCACGAAUGGAUCAUAACGACAAGGACACGCGUAUGAAUGACUUGACAAUGGAGAUGAUUUGGGAUGCCAGUGAAUCGAUGAGCGGCGUCAGUCUCUUCAGCGGCAUGUUAUACAACUUCUACUCGGACACUCCAGGCUUUUGCUUCGACAUACUUUGCACUGAUGAGCCCAUUAUCGAUGGUGACAGCGAAGAAAAUAAUGUGAAGCAGAGGGUAGAUGACUUCAUUAGUUAUGCCAAGAAUGUGUCAGAGGUGUAUAUCACCAAUCACAUCAUGGUUCCUAUGGGCGGUGAUUUCCAGUACGAGGACGCCAAAGUAAACUACAAGAAUAUGGACAAGCUGAUCAAGUACAUCAAUGAACGUCAGGCGUCUGGAUCCAAAUACAAUAUCUUCUACUCCACUCCAAGCUGCUAUCUGAACUCCCUACACCAGAGCCUGGAGUCCUGGCCAAACAAGACUCAAGACUUUUUCCCAUAUGCUCACGAGAAGAAUAGCUUUUGGACUGGAUUCUUUACUUCCCGACCGACUCAGAAACGAUUCGAGCGUGAUGGAAAUCACAUGUUGCAGAUUGCCAAGCAGCUUUCUGUACUCGCAAAUCUUACUAGCGAACAGCAUAACGAAGACCUGGAUUAUCUGCGCCAAGUAAUGGGAGUGAUGCAACAUCAUGAUGCCAUUACGGGCACGGAGAAGCAGGCUGUCUUGGAUGACUAUGAUCGAAUGAUGUACGAGGCCAUUGCUGGAGCAUCUAACAAUGCCCGCGAUGCCCUGCGGAUUCUGACCAAAAUGCCCAAUGGAGAGUUCGAGAGUUGCCUAAGAUUGAACAUCAGCGAGUGUGCUUUCACCAAGGAUGGUGCUGACAAUGUUCUCGCCAAAUCCCUUCCCGACUUUAAUGAUCUUCCCCAAUCGGUUCACCUACUCACCCUGGAGUUCUUCUCCGAGAAUGAAAUUUUGAUCCGCUUUGAGCACUUCUUGGAUAAAUCUGAAGGAAGGGUUAUUAGCUUCAACAUUCGGGAUAUAUUCGAUAGUCUUGGCGAUUUGGCGAUAAGGGAAACCUCCUUGGAUGGAAAUAUGCCACUGAGCGAUAAGAAGCGAUUCAAGUUCCAUGCACGAGAAUCCGGAACGAAGCCGUCAUCCGUGGAAUAUUCUACGGCUCAACACAAGCCACUUGAGGCUGUCAAAUCGGAUGAGGCCUCACUGUUUGCUGUAACACUAUAUCCUAUGCAAAUUCGCACUUUUAUUAUUAAAACAGAGUAA